AUGGAGCAGUAUCCUUAUCAAAGUCCCUUCGAAAGACGCCCAAUCCUCAAAUCCAAGGCUCCUGCUGUUAAGUGGGUCAAGGAGUGGGUUCCACAAGAUAUUGUUGCUACAGGUGGAAAGUGUUUUCUUCGCAAAUGGGUCACAGAGGAAACGGUGAGGAGACUGAAAGAAACAGAGAAAGAGUCUACCACAGAGGUCCCAGACCCUGAGCCCGAACCCACUUCUGAGAUUUUAUUUCUCUGCAGUUUCGAGGGUUGUGGGAAGAUGUUCUUUGAUGUUAGUGCCUUGCGGAAGCAUUCCCACAUCCAUGGUGAAAGGCAGUAUGUUUGUGAUUACCCUGGAUGCGACAAGAAAUUUCUGGAUAGUUCCAAGCUGAAGAGACACUGGCUCAUUCAUACUGGGGCUAGGGACUUUGUUUGCACUUAUGAAGGCUGUGGCAAGGCAUUCUCCUUGGAUUUUAACCUCAGAUCUCACAUGAAGACGCAUUCACAAGAAAACUAUCACAUCUGUCCCUACUCUGGGUGUGGAAAAAGAUAUGCUCAUGAAUACAAGCUUAAGAACCAUGUUGCUGCCUACCAUGAAAAGAAUGCUGCUGGAGAGACGCCUAAAUACACGCCACCGGCAGAGAAAGUAUCAAGGACUCCCAAAACACCUGCAACGGUUUAUGGCUCAGCAUCUUCGGAACGGCCGUAUGCAUGCCCUUACGAAGGGUGUGAGAAGGCUUACAUACAUGAGUACAAGCUUAAACUCCACUUGAAGAGAGAGCAUCCAGGGCAUUUAACAGAAGAGAACGCAGAGAACCCCACACCGAACAAGCACGAGCUGGAAGAAGGCAGUGACCAAGAUUUUUACAGGAAGCACGCUAGCAACGGGAAAAGCCAGACGCAUAUUAAACAACAGAGCAGAGCUAAGCCAAACAUGAGGACACCACCAGCCAAAGCUGGAAAGAAAGGCUCAACCUCUUCACCGGCCAAAGCAAGGAUGUCAAAAAACCAUGGCAGGUAA